AUGGAUUAUGAUGAGCUGGAUGCACGCUCCUACCUCCUCCUGAUCCGAUACCAACAGCUGAGGUCAGCUGAGGUCGCCACCAUGGUGACCUUCGCUAACACAACGCAGGUCUCCCCCAUGCGGCUGCGUGAGCUGCCCUGUGUAACCCCCACCAUGUCCCCUGGCCUGCGGCGGAAAAAGAUGCUGUGGCAGAACGCAGUAAAACACAUCAUUAUCCAGCAGGAGCUCAGUGCCCAGUGUGGCUGUUUUUACACUAUCCAUUUGGGUGUUGAACCAGCACGCAAAAUCUUUGUGACAGAUACCUACAUAGAGGAGAUCAACAGGCAAAUCCGCAGCAAAGCCUCACGCGGGGUAACAAAGCGCCGUUCUUCCACGUUCAGAGUCCAGCCCUUGGUUCGCGAUUCCACCAGCACACACAGCAGCACCGGGGGUGCUUUUAACGACUACUCCAGCGACGCCGACUUCUUCGUCCACUGGGGUCGAACUGUCAGUGGUGUCUACAUACCCACGCUAUUGCACACCUUCAAGUCCCAUGACCUGGAGAAACUCUACCAGCAGCACUCUUCCACCCAAAGACGUAACUCUCUGGCCAUCACUAAUGUGAUAGACGUGGUGGCCAAGCUGCACAUGUUGGUUCUGUACCUGGCGUUGGCGCCGGAAGCUUCCACAGACACUUUGCGUGGCUGCCUGACGGGCAUGUUCAUGGUGUUAGCGACAGUUCUGUGCGUCAUAGUGUUAACCCACAAAGACUCCAUGUCCCCACAGUGGCUUCACUACGCCGGCCUCGCCAGCUGGUUGUCACAGACCACACAGGUGCUGGGGGGUCUGGUGUACGGACUAGAAAAAGACCCAUCGUGGUACCUUUUGUUCACUUUGUUCGCAACAUACACACUGCUGCCAUUACCUCUGCUGUGGGCCAUAUGUGCGGGCACCCUCUCCUCAAUGCUGCACAUUCUGGUGGAGAUAGUGUGCUGCUACAGUGAUGCUUUGCUUCUGAGAAAGGUGUUUGCCAAAGGCCUGCUGUACCUGGGGAUGAACACAGCUGGCUUGUUCAUUCACUACCUGACAGACCACGCCCAGCGACAGGUUUUCCUGGAGACCCGACGUUGCAUUGAAGGACGCCUCAAAUUAGAGCAAGAGAACCAAAGACAGGAACGCCUAGUUCUGUCGAUCCUGCCUCGCUUUGUUGCCUUGGAGAUGAUUGCUGACAUGGGUGCUAUGGAAGAUGAUCUAAACCCUCAAGAGUUUCACAAGAUCUAUAUCCACCAGUACAAAGAUGUCAGCAUCCUUUUUGCAGACAUCAAGGGCUUCACUUUGUUGUCUAUGAACCUGUCGGCCCAGGAUCUGGUUCGAACCCUCAAUGAGCUCUUUGGACGUUUUGACCGACUGGCAGAGGAACACCACUGCUUGCGGAUAAAGAUACUAGGAGACUGUUACUACUGUGUGUCAGGGGUUCCCGAGCCCCAGCGUGCCCAUGCCCGUUAUUGUGUUGAGAUGGGUCUGGCUAUGAUCAACACUAUACGGUAUGUACGGAAGCAGCUGAACUUCGACAUGGACAUGAGGAUCGGCAUCCACUCGGGCUCUGUCCUCUGUGGGGUAUUGGGUCUGCAGAAAUGGCAGUUUGAUGUCUGGUCCUGGGACGUGGGCAUCGCCAACAUGCUGGAAGCAGGGGGCAUACCUGGACGCAUCCACAUCUCAAGGGCAACUCUCGAUUGUCUAGAAGGCACCUACAAGACAGAAGAGGGCCAUGGUCGUGAUAGGAAUGCUUUCCUACGAAAAUAUAACAUUGACACCUUCCUCAUCUGCCCUCAGCAGGACAGAGACAAAGUUAACCACAUCGAGCCCCCCAAAGUUCAAAAACCAAUUCAAACCUGGAGUCCGGACUUACCUUUUAGGACAGUCGUUGACAUGAACAGCAUUCUAGCUGCUUUUACAAAUGGCUCAAUGCCCACCCUUUGGCAGUCCAACUCAAGAGAGAUUAACAAACGCAUCAAGCAUGCCAUCGAGCUUCGAAGUAGUGAGCGUAUGCACAGAGAGCACAUCACACCACUGACCCUUGUCUUCAAGGACACAAACAUCGAAGACAAGUUCUCCCAGAUGAGAGAUGAAAUGUUCAACUCCAAUCUGGUCUGCUCCUUCAUCCUGCUUCUGUUUCUCAUGGCUGCCCAGACCCUCAUCCCUGCCCCCAGACUGUUCCCUGCUGUCCUCCAGUUUUCAGUCUUUCUGCUUGCCCACGUGCUGCUGCUACUGGUUGCCCUUGCCGAAGAGUUCAAGUGGACUCCUUCAUCACUGCAGCACUUCUGCUGCUGGAUCCAUGAAAACAACAGUGCCCGUAACCUGUUUACCCUCAUAGCGAUCUUCAUCAACUUUGGGUUGGCCUCUACUGACAUGGUGUGGUGCAUCCUCAUGAACACAGGAGAGGCUGACAUAACUGAGAAGACUGGCACAGGCUCACGUCCACUCACUGUCUGCACUUAUCCUGAGAUUUUCGUGUUGAGCGGGGUGAUUGCCAUGGUGACGUGUGCGGUGUUUUUGCGUCUGAACUCUCUGCUGAAGCUGGCAACGCUGCUGCUAGCAGUGGCUGUCUACUCCUACCUCAGCCACCUCGCCUUUGUCUCACUCACGCGCCACGAUAUGCUGCACAGGUCUCACUAUGUCAGAAGAAAUGGAAUUUCCUUCCUUCUCAUGGCCAUGUUUAUUGUUGCCGUCUUCUAUAAUGGACGUCAGUGGGAGGCUACUGCCAGACUGGACUUCCUGUGGCGUCUGCAGGCCCAGCAGGAGGUGGCGGACAUGAGGGAGUUGCGGGAACACAAUGAGUGUCUGCUAUACAACAUCCUACCAGUUCAUGUAGCUCAGCAUUUCUUGGACCGGAGCAAGCAUGAUGAGGAUCUUUACUCCCAGUCCUAUGAUGAAGUGGGCGUCAUGUUUGCCUCCAUCACUGGGUUCGAUGAGUACUUCGAGGAGAAAGAGAUCAAGCAUGAAGGAGUGGAAUGCCUCCGCCUACUCAAUGAGAUAAUUGCCAGCUUUGAUGAGCUGUUUGAGGAGCCGUAUUUUCACCAUGUGGAGAAGAUUAAGACAAUUGGGAGCUGCUACAUGGCGGCAUCGGGUUUAGCUCCAGAUAAACAGAAAUCAAUGGAUGAAUGGAACCACCUGAGCGAGCUGGUUUUGUUUGCAUUGGCGAUGCAGGAGACCUUGAAAGAGAUUAUUAGGAACUCUACUCAACGCUUUCAGCUGCGUGUGGGCAUUGCUCACGGGCCUGUGGUCGCUGGGGUGAUCGGUGCCACCAAACCGCAGUACGAUAUCUGGGGCUCCACAGUGAACUUAGCCAGCCGCAUGGACAGCACAGGUGUGAGCGGACGCAUCCAAGUACCCGAAGCCACUCGAAGGAUCCUGACAGAUUGGGGCUUCAUCCUGGAGCUGCGUGGAGAAAUAUUCGUCAAAGGGGUAAGUGAGCACCAGGGGAAAGUCCGCACCUACUUCAUCAGGACCGUGCGCGGUAAGAUGGCCAACGAUGGGACAGAUGGCCGCCUGGCAGGGCAGACAGGAGGACGCAUGACGCUGGCAGAGGUGGUGUUCAGUCUCGUCCAGGCUAGACACAAGGAGAAGAUGAGAGAGGGCAACAGGAGGUUCAAUCGGACUCCCUCCAGACUGCAGCGCUGAGGGGACUGUCAGGGUCAAAUGGCUGCACGUAGGCCAGGACACACUGCAGCCAUAUUCCUUUAAUGCUUUGCCAUAACUGAAUUAGCUUCACAGACAAAAUACUGAGCUACCUGUGGCAGGAGCCCAAUCCUGUUUAAGCCUUGUUUCUUCCAAGACUGCAUCAUACCCAUCUUUUUUGGCAUCUCAAGAAAAUUUUGGACAAGUUAAUAGGAAUUUAUGGGAAAUCAUCCAUGCUCAUAUUUCUUGACUUCUGGACCAAAACGUUCAUCUUGCAUGACACACCGAGUGGUAUGUGGUCUGAACUUUAGUUGGUUAGAAGUUAACUGAGCUAUCUAAUCAAAGUUCUGGCCUUUUACCUUUCACAAGUAUGUUGUAAGCAGUGCAAAGUGCUUUUUCAUCACUAUUAUUGCCAUAUCUAUACACUAUAAGCACUGAUAUGAAGGUUGUUUUGUAAAAAGAAAAAGAAAAAGAAAGAAAGAAAAAAUCAACAUGUCUUUAUGUUUGCUGGGAUAACACAUCAGCAAGACUCCAGACCUCCAAGCAAAACACUACCUCUUAGUACAAAUUCUCCUAGACUACAAAUGGCCAAUAUAGAAUGAUGUUUGUUUGUUUGUUUGUUUGUUUGUUUGUAUUAUCUUAAUUAGUACAUUUAUGUUGUGAAGUCAAGCAUUAUUUCUUCUUUAUAUCCAAUAAUUUCAUAUAUGUUAAAGAGAUUUUGGUCACUAUAAUUCACUCAUGCAACAUAAUCCAAAAAGAAAAAAAUCCCUUUAUUUAUAAAGUGAUUGCUGCUCGGUUUACUUUUGUAAAUACUGUAUUUGCAUAGUUUCCACUGAGCCAGUAUUUCUUGUUUUCUAUCUUGUCAGAGUCAGUGUUGUUCUGGAUUUAUGAGAUUCAGAAGAUGAACACUGAAACAGUUUUAAUGCCAAAAACACCUUACAUAUCACUGUAUUCCUCUUACUGUCAUGGUAAAAAGGAAAGCACAACCUCUGUCAGUACUAAGGUUCUUUGUGUUAGGACCUAAAAAAAAUCAUUUCAUCCUUACAAGAUCUUAAAAGCAUUGAAAUACAACCUCAGAUGAAUAACACCACAUGUAGAAGCAGUGUGUGAAAGACAAGGUACACUAAGUCCACCUCCAUAGCUUGUAGAACCACAUUUAGCAGCAAUAACUUGAUGUAAAUGUUUUCUGUAAAACUUUAUCUAUGUGAAGGUCCUCAGUCAUCCAGGUCAUGGUAAUCCAAGGGGCUUGGAAAGAAAAGCGAGUGGACUCCUUUAAGUUUCACCUCUCAUCCGUGAAGCUUCUUCAUUUCUACGAUCAAUUGGUGGAGAGUCCCAUAUUUAGGCCCUAAUAAACUGGCCAGCCAGCCUUUGUAAUAUUGUUUGCAGGCAAUCAUUUAUGCACAGCUCUCUUUCAGUAUUUCAGUCAGUUAAGGUCUGGUCUUUGACCAGGCCAUUGCAACACCUUGAUUCUUUUCUUUUUCAACCAUUCUGUUGUAGAUUUGUUUCUGUGCUUGGGAUCAUUUUCCUGUUCAAUGACUCAAUUACAAUUUUUCCCAUGUGACUCUAGAAUACUUAGGAAUACAUAGGAAUGACUGCAAGGUCCUGUUGCUGCAAAACAAGCCCAAAGUAUUACAAUUCCUCCACCGUGCUUGAGAGCUAGUAUGAGGUGCAUGUGCUGAUAUGCUAUGUUUUCACCAAAUAUGAUGCUGUGCGUUGUAGCAAAAGAUAUUAUAAUAGUGAGAUAUAUAAUAUAAUAGUGAGAAUAAGCUUUCUCACUAUAGAAUGAUGGACAUCAAAUUGUUUGGAAGUUUCUUUAUAAACCUUCCCGCACUGAUAGGCAGCCUUUUCUCCUUGGCAUUGUGUUAACACACACCUGAAUGCAGCAGACCAUCAAACUGCCAAAAGUUCUACUUCUAUAUAGGUGCUCAUACUCACUGACAAUCAAUUAAUCAAGUGCAUUUAAUUAGCAAGACCUGUCUGCUACUUACUCUGUUAAUUCCUAUGGAAACAGUAAGAGUGCACUUAGUUUUUCACACUCUGCUUCUGCACUUUGGCUUAGUUUUUGUGGACGACACAGUGUAAUAUGUCAUAUGUUGAUGUUAUUUUGUUGUUCAACUGAAGUUUUGGUCCUAACUAAGAACCAGAGUGAUUAUGUCCAGAUAUGUAAAAUGGUGUACUUUCUUUUUUCUUUUCUUUUUUUUCUAUUUACCUUGAUCAUUUAUUAAAAUCAAACAAAUCGUGAUGUAGGAAUGUUUUACAUUGCAGGUCUGAUUCAAACUGACACAAAUUCACGUCAGUCUUUAUUUUGUUUGUCUUUUAACUUCAAAUAUUAAUGUUAAGCUCCUCUAUGGGACUUUGUGCAGUUUUUAAAUAGAUAACAAAGACAUGUUUAAUUAUUGCUACAGUAUAGAAAUGUUCACAGCGAAUAGUACGUCUGUAUCAGCAAAACUUUUUACUUCAUUUUUUUAAUAUAAUUUUUACAAAAACAUUCA